AUGCAUGUAUCACAUAAUAAUCCUCAUAUUUCUCAGGCUCCAGCGAGGGCUCCAGAUGAACUAGCAACGACUUCCAAGACAGUUCAAUACAACAGUGUAAAUAAUAGUUUGAUUGCUGAUAGUCUCACUGAUAACUCUCCACAAAAUAUUUUUUAUUUAAAUGCUGAAAAUAUUAAAGAUAUUUAUUCAAGUAAUGAACCAUACAUUUCCACUGCUACUGUUGCCACAAGUGACAUAUCACCGACCGAUACGAAUACUUUAAAUGAUAAAUUAUUAACAAACAUUAUUGAAAACCAAGGAAUAAUUAUAGAAAACCAAGCAACUUUACUCGAAAGCUUGAAAGGACUUGGAACUAAUGAUAAUCAGCUGAUAAUCUUGCAGCAGUUAUCAAAAUUUGAGGCUAUGGCAGAUGUAAUGGCAGAAAAAAUGACAAAUAUGAACAGCAUUAAUAAUUGUUCCUGUAAAAAAUCUUCUCAGAUAGUCGAAGAUAUAUACAUAGACCGCAUUGAAGCAGUAGAACAAUUUGAUGCAUUUGAAAGUAAGCUAAAAGACAGAAAAAUAAUGCAGGAAAAUAUAGAAAGACUUAGUCAAGAUGUUCUCCAGAAAAUUCAUGACCCUGUGCUCGUGGGCUGGUGGCGCAAGAGGAGAACAGGAAAAUUGGCUUUUAAGAUGUAUAAAAACGUUAUUUCGCUUUUUUUUAACGUCGUGCAUUUAUCAGACAAAAGUUUCACACAAAAAGACUGCGAUGAUUUUAUCAAAAAUGUCAUAAGGAACUCGACCAGGAGAAGCAAAAGCGAUCUGUUAAGAACUUCAGCUAUUAAAAGAAGGCUCCCUAAGAAACCUGCUUCUGCCUCAGAGGAAAUGGAAAAACCACAGGAAAAAGUUGAUUCCAAUGACAUCAUUGAAAAUGAAAUACCUACGUUAGAUGACGAAAAUGGCAUGGAAGAGCAAUGUAACUCUGAUGCUUUAUCCGAUAGUCAGGAAUGCGACCAAUAAGCCAGCCCAUUGAUUGACGGUUCCAAAGAAGAGAAUUUUGUGAUUUAUUUUUAUUUACUGAAGACAUGAAAACUGCAGUGUCAUGAAUAAUGAAGUUUAUUUUGUUUUUAUGUUACAUACAUAUAUAUGAUUUAUGUAAUGUGAAAGUUUUUUUUAUAGGGUUAAAAGACAUUUGAUUUAUAUAAUAUAGGUAUUAUAAUAUUCC